CCACACGUGUUUUACUUGCAGAUUUUGAAGGUUACAGGAGAAGCAGCGGCUGGGUUUUGAGUGCGCUAUCCGCAGCAGAGGGUCAGAGGAGCGGCGUGGUUGCGGUUAGAGGCCGGGGCUGAGCAGCACGGACACGGAGACAUGGAUCCCAUGAAGGCGCAGCAGCUGGCGGCGGAGCUGGAGGUGGAGAUGAUGGCUGACAUGUACAACCGAAUGACAAACGCCUGUCACAGGAAGUGCGUCCCGCCACACUACAAGGAAGCAGAGCUGACGAAGGGCGAGUCGGUUUGUCUGGACCGCUGCGUGGCCAAGUACCUGGACCUUCACGAGAGACUGGGACGUAAGCUCACAGAGCUCUCAGUGCAGGACGAGGAAAUGAUGAGGAAAGCGACUGUGGGGAGCGGAUAAACUUGGACGAAGGAGACGCAGCAUCUGUGUAGAGAAUUACAAGGGUUUGGGCUGGGAUAAGCAUGUGUGGGUUCUAAAAGAUUCAUGUCUUAAUAAAAGGGUGGGUAAGGCUAAAUGUUAAAUUAAAGGUACUGAAAGUCCAUCAGGAAGACCUUCCUUCUCUUUUGCAUCAGAGUUUGGCACAACAGCAUCACUGAAGUAAUUAUGGAGGGACUUGGUGAUCCACAACUCUCUGGAUUGGUUCACUCUUUUGCCUGAAGAUCUCACCUACAAAAAACUGAGUGGAAAGGAGGACAUACUGGAUGCUUACAGUCUGGUGUACUCAGAAAUGUAAUGGUUCUGUCUGUAGUCCAGGACCAUUAUUGCUGUGUUACUGUGUAUGAAGUGAACUCAGUCACCCUUGCAGAUUUUUUUGUCUGUUUUUGAAUAAAUAAAUAAACACCUAAGGUUGCAGGAUGACAUUUUUCAGGUAGAUGUGUAUAACUGAUGGCUUCUUAGUGUAAUCAUGCAGAAUAGCCGGUCCAAGGUAUAAGCAACUUAAGCCACUGCCCGGGGGGCCCUCGAGAAGGGUUGUGUAUAUGUCUAUCUUAUAAUUUCAGAGUUAGAAAUAAAUUAAGGAUGAACUUUUAAAUUUGCCCUUAAAAAAUCAGAAUAUCAAUUUUAAAUAAAAGAUUAAAAAGUUCCAAACAAAUUUUGGUAGGUAAAACUAGUUAUAGUUUAAAAUGUUUAACAGACGUACAAUCAAACAGGGACAGUUUAAAAGAGAUAUUGGGAUUUAGGUUGAUGGGUGUGAUCUCAAGAAGAAGUGGGCCCUCCAAGUGAUUCUGCUUAGGGCCCCAUAUAGUCUAGGGUCGGCUCUGCCUGCAGAAACUAAUGUCGAAGCUGCAUUGACUAUUGAACUGAAUUAGAAAAUCAUGGUUUGAUUAUUUGUAGCAGUGUUUGUUGAGAUGAAAUGUUAUUAACCAAGACACUUUGCAACAUUUACUCUUCUUUUUUUUUAUAACCAGCUGUUGCUGUAUUAAUACAGAUAAGAUGGACUUUGCUCUUUGUUGUGCUCGUAUUGACUUUGUUUUGCAGUUAGUGGACCACAGUGUGUUGUUAAAUUUGUGCGAACUACAGUGACUGUUGUUAAUUACUCUAAAUAAAAAGAAUGUGCCCUGUC